GAUUGGCUGCCGGAGUAACAGCAGAAAGUGAGUGGAACAGCUGAGAGUUUUGAGGAACAGUUGUAUUUGUGACAUCAUGCGUCGCCGCUCGGCUGGCGAAGCCGCAGGGAAACAGAAAGGCGAGAGAAACAGCACAGUGCGGAACUUGAGGAACUUACAGAUGCAAGGAUACUGUAUCACACCUUCAUUAGUUUCAUUAGUUUUUAUUAGAUUACUUUUUUUUUAACAAUGACAGUAACAACAUUGUUCGCUUUCUUGACUGUUGCAUCGUUGAUCGAAAAACUUCCCAUCAUCAACCAGACUCAGAUGAUUAAAGUACCAGAAGGAUCUAAUUUGACUCUACAGUGUCAAACUGAUCCAGAGAUCAACCUAGAGGACUUGGCCUUGGACUGGAGGAGAGUGGACAUCAAAAAUGUCUCAGACCGCUUUGUCUACUCCCGUCGACGUAGGACAGAUCAUCCUGUGAAACAGAUGCAGCGAUACAAGAACAGAGCAGAGCUGAUUAAAGAGGACCUGACCAGAGGACGGAUGACUCUACUGAUCCCCACAGUCCAGCAGUCUGACUCAGGACACUUCAGAUGCUUCAUCUCAAACCUGAGCGUCAGCUUUGUUUUCAACAUUAACGUGACAAAGAGAGAGGAUGUCGCCAUGACGACGUCCACUGUGUCUGGUCUUGUAGAGAAGAGAAGCCACUGGAUCACUCUUGGUGUCUGUAUUUGUGUCCUCCUUGUCAUUGGUUUCAUCAUUGGAGUCCUGGUGAAGAACAGAGGGAUUAGGAUUUACAGACGGAGAAUAGAUGAAGAAAUGGGAAUGCUGAGGAAAGAAGAUGAAGGAGACAAAGACAAGGACGGAGACAAAGACGAGGACGUCACCACAGUGAACGUGGUCAUGAACCUCCAGCAGGUUCAGCUGUGAUUCUGGAGGACUCUACCUUCAGUAGAGCAUUUAAUGAAUCAAACUCUGUUCAUAGUAGAUGUAUUUAUUCUGUUAACUAUGAUAUUAAUUUAUGUGCUACACUUUUACUUGAUAGUUGUUGUUUUACCUCUUUUUCUUUGUUGCUAUUUUAUUUUUUCUUGCCUUUGAACCUCUUU